AUGGCUGAAGGUGGCAAGAAGGAUGACACACCAUCAAAAACUGUCACCAUUGUCAAAGGGAAAACCGAUAAAGAGAGGGUGGUGUUGAAGCUCACACAAUCAGCGAACACUAAUGGAACGGAAAGGAGAGUGCAGUGGGCUGAAACAACAGUAGAUAAUGAAUUGAUGAACAAAAAAAAAUCAAAAUGUUGUUGCAUCUACACAAAACCUCGAGCAUUUGGAGAAUCAGAUUCAGAAUCUGAAGACGAAGAUGAUCAUUGCACUCAUCAUUGUCGAGGACACUGUGCCAGGGACUACCAGCAUGUUGAGGCUGCAGGAGGGACGGUGAUUGAGAUGGAGGAGUCCGCCGACAAUCCACCUCCCGAUCCCAACAGCCACCAGCCAAACCCAUAUGAUCCAAUGCCUGAAAAUUAA